AUGAUUCACAUCUCACCUCUCUUGCGCAAAUCACGACAUCAUAAUGUCUUGCGCCGUGCCCGUCCGCAUAUGCACAAAUACCGCGAAUUAACCCGCUGGCAACGACAGGCACAAGGUAUUCGCAGUAGAUGGGGUCAAUCCCAAUCCCAUCGACAAUUACCAUUUAAAGAUCGUUUUAAUCCUGAAGGUGUUGGUCUCACUCGUGGGACUUCUCCCUUUGCCUGGCAGUGGUGGCAUACACAAUACCCAUGGCUUCCAAAUAUCCCUACAAGAAAAACAGAAGGAGGAGAAGAAAGUGAUUAUAGAUUCCCAACACCAAUGGGAUUUAGACCAUCUACGUGGGAUGAUGAGUUUGCAGAGGUGGUAUUAAGUAUGAGUAAUGAGGAAAUUCGAGAAUAUCUCAUGGGGAAAUUAACAGAAGUGAUAUUUACAGAAACUCAACGAGAUGGAUAUGAAUUACGACGAUUAGACUUUGAAGGAAAUCCACUCACAUCUUUACCAGAACCUCGUAUUAUUGAAAACUUUGUAUUUGAGGAGGAAACUCUACGAGAACGUGUUAUUCAACAAGUGGUGGAAAGUCUCUUUCGCCUCACCCCAACUUCUACCGAUCGUAAAGAAUUACGUAGUGUUUCUCAUAUUAUAGACUUUAUUCUCACUCAUGUUACUGCCGCCCGACCAAUGCCAAUAAGAUCACAACCCUCUACUACUAUUACACCAGCGGCAUUAGCAGUUAUGCAAUCAUGUGAAGUUCAACCGGAAUUUGGAUUUAUUCACGCCUUACCGGAAGAUACAAGAGAUGUUUUAUUGCAGGAGUGGGAGCGAAUGCAUCAUUUGGAUUGGCAGUUUGGAAAGGCAGUGUACACACCACGCAGUCGAGAGAAGGACACCCGUGGGAAUCUCACUUGGCUGCGCGAGGAACAACACCACACGGCACGAUUGGCAUUUAUGAAAGCCGUAGAGGAUGGAACGGCAAAGGCAGAACACAUGAAACGAAUAGCAGAAGCGGCGGGUAGUAUUAAUAAUAGUAAUACUAAUACUAUGAAUAUUACGGAAGAGGGAUGA